GAAAAGAGAAAAAACCGUGUUUUCCCGAAAAAUAAAAGUGUAUAUUUUAUUUUUUCUACUUGGUUUAAUAAAAAUAUAAGUAUUUCGCCAGAUUCUCCUGGUUCUUCAGUAAAGGGAAGGAGAAAUGAGAGAAGCAAUGCAGAGGAGGACGACAAGCUCACGACUUCACGAGUAAAAGCCGGGACGCAACAGUCUUGCGGUAGAUUUGCUACAGUAAACAUCGUUUCUUGCUGCCUUUAUAGUGUUUAUCAUCAAGUGCGUGUUUCCAAACUUUUGCCUGCUUUUUGCCAUUGCAUUUUGACAAUUAGUGCAUGAAGGACAUUAAAUUAUUCAAAAACAGUGCAAAUCAAUUUGUCUGGAUUAUUUUCAUAUUAUAUUCGUCUUUUUCAAUAUCCAAAUUGCAGUAAAACUGUGAAGAUGGAAAAAGGGACAAAUCGUUUCAGUUGCGAUAAAAAUUAAUAUAAUGAAUUAAUUAGAGAAACUGAAGUGUUAAUAGAAAUUUUAUUUGGACUCGGGGAAAAUAUGACGUCGACUACGGAUUUGCCUAAGGAGCCUUCGAGGAAGAAAUUUUUCAAUCCGAAUCUCAUAUCGCUAAAAUGUCUUCUCUUCCUUUUUUUCGGAGGAAUGGGCUGCCUAUUUCCUUUUCUCCCGCUUCACAUGACGGAGGUGGGAUUGACGAGAAAUAAAAUAGGAAUAGUGUCAAUGGCAUCGGCAGUGGUGGCAAUAUUGGGACCAUUAAUUGCCGGGCCAUUGGCUGACAAAAUGGCAGGUCAUCAGGGUUCAAAUGACAAAUCAUCGACAGGUCGCUAUCUUCGGGUAAUGAUAGCCGUGGCUUGUGUAUUCUCAGCACUUUUCUAUGCCCUUCUCCUCCUGGUGCCGGCGACGAAAAUUGAACUCUCUCAGGAGCGAAGUCCGUCGUUGAAUUUUUCCUGCGAUCAGAAUGGCGCCAUUAUUUAUCAGGAGCGAUGUAAAGAUACAAAAGAUUGUCAUCGUUGGACUGAAGAACGUCUCGGGACAAUUGUCUUGACAAAAUGCCAGUAUAUCUGCACUCCAAAGAAGGCGAAAGUAAAUCGACAAUUCUCAGAUGGAAACACUGAAUAUUCACUUGAGGACGGAAGUGGCGAUAUCACUGUCGCUCCGCUCAUUGUUCCCGAAUCAUUGUUGCAGGAGCAGUAUGAAAAAAAAUCGCUGCUAUCCAUCAACAUGGACAGAACUCCACCUCAUAUAUGUUACAAAAAUGGUGAAGAGGGAAAACUUUGUCAUGCCUUUACCAAUAAUACGGAGAGAAUUGCAGUUAAUGCCACCCUUGGGCAACCGACCAACACCGAAGAAGUUGACGAGUGGUGUGCUUAUCCUGUUUCUGAUUACUUCAGUUGUCGAAUUCCUUCCAGUCUACAAACUAUGGAAAUUAACAAGUCCUGCUCGGUACAAUGCAAAUUGGAAGAUCCUUACACCACACCUGGAAACGUGCUUGAAGAAAGUUUGUGUGGUCAAAUAAUAGGAAAUCCACAGUUGACAUUUUGGAUGUACCUGGUGAUUCGUUCGGUGGCUGAUAUUUUUCCGACAGCCGCUGUUGCACUGUUGGAUGCGGCGGUUGUGAUAGCAACUCGAGAAACUUCUUGCGGAAGAGGCGACGUCGGACGACAACUUGCUUUUGGUUCUUUGGGUUUUGCACUCUUUGGUCCAUUGACCGGAUAUUUGACCACUAUUGUCCCGAAAAGCUCAAUGUACUAUCUGCCAAUUGUUCUUCAUUGCGUUUUGGUUCUUCUUGCAGCGUGCGUCGCCCUUUCUGCAAACGGAAUGCCAUUGAGUCCCCCCGAAUGGUGGUGGCAAACGAGGUGCGGAAUGCUUGCACUUCCAAUGAGUGCCGUCAAAAGAUAUGGUAGCGAAACAGCGGCUCUUGUUUUUGUACUCAUCAUAAUGGGAAUAUUUUGGAGUGCGAUGGACACUUAUCUUCCUUUAUAUCUCACACAACUCAAUGGCGAUGAACUAUCAAUAGGAAUUGUCCUGACAGUCGGGGCCUUACCAACUUUACUCUUCCUCUGGAAGUCGGAGCACUUGGUUGAUUAUUGUGGACAUAGCAACCUUUUUAUUUUAGCGUUCACCAUUUAUAUUGUCAGAUUCACUGGUUUAAGUCUGGUACCUGAUCCUUGGUGGGCGCUGAUCUCAGAAGCUCUGGAGCUUUUCACCCUGGGCAUUAUGUGGGUCACUGCCAUUCUCUAUUUAAGACAUUUAGUACCUCGCAAUAUGACGGUUACCGCUCAAGCCUUGCCUGUGAUCGCCCACUUUUGCAUUGGUCGCGCACUCGGAGCAGUAAUUGGUGCAUACGUCGAUAUUAACGAAUCAAAUAUCGUCGAAUCUCUCAAGUAUGUUUAUCGUUGCAUGGCUGGGUCUGCAGCUAUAAUAGCAAUUAUUUAUUUUAUUCUCUAUCAUGGACUUUUGAAACCAAAAUGUCAUGCCCAAAAUGUUCAGGGAACACGUCAACAACCGUCUGUUGUUCAAGCUGCAAUUGAAGAAUAUGAACAGACAAUGAAUGGAAAUGGAAGUUACACGCCAUUAAGAGUCUAUCACAAUGGAAUGGCUAAAAAGGGAGAGUUUCGAUAUUGAAGAGGCGAUUCUUUUUUUUAGUUGGUGCUAAAGUUUUCUUAACUUCCUCUGAAUCUUACAUCGAGUGAUCACAGUUUAAUUAAAAUAUAAAUAAUAUAUUUGUGAAAUAUAUUCAAUUUUUUCAAAGAACGCUGCAUUUUGUGCUGUUUUUUGAAAAAAAUACAUCGAAAAUUGUACUUUCCACGAUUGUUUUCGUAUUUUUUUUUCUAUUUUUUUGUUCACUUCCUCAUAGAGGAAGUAUUUUUUAUUUCUACAGUAAGUGCAUUAUUUAUAAACACUAUAAAGAGUCAUAAACAUAAUAGAAAGUGCUAUUUUGCAAGAUAGAGAAAAUUGUUGAAUGUUUCAAUAAAUGCUGAAUGAAUGAAUUGAAAAAUUGUGAGCGUGAUAGAAAUUAUUUUCUUACUUGAACAAUUUUACAAAAUAUUAGAUUUCAUACAGUUUUGUAUACGUAUAAAAACGAGAAUCUCAAUUAUAUUGACUGUAAAACUAAUAAUUUAGUUUAAAAGGCUCGUAUUCUAAUUUAUAAUCAAUUUAUUAUGAGUCACUUCAUUUUUUUUUAUUUUCUUUUUGCUUUAAUUGUAGCAAAAUUCCGUUU